AUGUCCGCGAGGAAGCAGAAGGCCCCCGGCUCCAUGGAGCAGGCAUGCCUGCUGUGUCGCCGGGCAGAGGCUGACCCGGCUCUCUGCGGGGCCAAACUGGAGAAGCAAGGGCUCUGUGCCCAUGUGUUUUGCCUGUUUUUUGCCAACAACCUUCUUCAGCAACGGAGUAGGGAUGGGGUUCGCCUUGAGGAUAUUCGACGUGCAGUCGCGCGGGCAGCGCGGAAGCACUGCUUCGUCUGUGGCGAGAGCGGGGCCACCAUCUCCUGUCGGGAAAUGGGCUGCGACCGCAGCUUCCACCUCCCCUGUGCCGUGGAGGGUGGAUGUGUCACCCAAUUUUUUGGGCUGUACAGGGCCUUCUGCUGGGAGCACCGCCCAGAGCAGGCAGUGGAGGCGGCUCCGGAGGAGAACACCACCUGCCUCAUCUGCCUGGACCUUGUGGAGGAGAGAAAGUCCUACGGCACCAUGGUGUGCCCAGCGUGCAAACACGCCUGGUUCCACAGGGGCUGCAUCCAGAAUCAGGCUAUCCACGCUGGUUUCUCCUGCUUCCAGUGCCCACAUUGUCAAAAUGAAUAUCGAUUUCUGAUGGAAAUGCUCACCAUGGGGAUCCGAAUCCCCAGGAGAGGACCAUCAUGGGAGGAUGGUGGUGCCUAUGAACAAUUAUAUGAGAGGCACAGCCGCUGCGAUGCCAGGGAGUGCCUUUGUCCAGGAGGCAGGGAGCAGGCAGAGGAAGAGGGGCCCUGGCAACUGCUCCUGUGCUGCUCCUGCGCUGCUGAGGGCACCCACAGACGCUGCUCUUUCAUGAAGCAUAGCACAACUAGCUGGGAGUGCGACACAUGUGCUGGCCUGGGCACCGCCUCCAGUGCCAGCUCGGAGCUCGCCGGCCCCAGCACUGCCAGCCAGGCAGGAUCGGGGCCUUCCCACGGCUCACCGGCACCCGACGCCAGCAGCCCCAGCACCCCUGCUCGGUUCCCUCGGGGGAAGUUCACGCCCACCCCCGUGACCGGGGGUCUCUGCCCCUGCCCCCGGGAGGUCGGCCCGGCCCGGGACGGCCUGAGCGCGGAGCGCGUCCCCCGGCGCGGCGCGGCACGGCCCGCCCGGCGCUGCCGCCCGUCUCCCGGCAACGCGGGCCGCGCCCGCCCGCCCGGCAUGGCCCUCGCGGCUCGCCGUAGCUCGGCGGCGGCGGCGGCGGCGCGGCCGGGCCGGCGGUGA